AUGGCACAAGUUGGAUCAGGAGCCACCCAUGCUGUGGUACCAAACAACAAAAACGAGUCUAUACUAGUAAGCCAUACUUCAUGUUUCCCUCGAGUUUGCACUGACCCGUGCAAANNGAUUGGUAUGAGAGAUGGCGUUACUGGAACAUUCAGAUUGUGCAAACGGAACGAGGCAACAGUUUCCGUCUUUGAUUCGAACUUCCUUGUCGGCGACGGGAUCUGGGAAGGUAUGCGAGUCGUUCAAGGUCGCGUGCAAUUUGCAAAGGAGCACAUCGACCGCUUGUUUCAAUCCGCAAAGGCUAUGGCCAUGGAUCUGGGUGUCACCAAAAAGGAAUUACUGGAGUUGAUCCACGACACCAUUGAUAAAAACGCAAUGCAACAAGCAAACGACAUACACAUUCGUCUCGUCGUAAGCCGAGGACUAAAAUCUACCCCCUACCAAAACCCAAGCGUCAACAUCGGUCUACCACUUAUUGUCAUCAUCCCAGAAUACAAGUCUGUGGAUCCCAACGUCAAAGUCAAAGGGUUGAGACUCAUCACAUCACACAUCCGCCGCGGCACCCCAGACGUCAAGGACGAAAUGUGGAACCACAUUUCCAAAGCCACUGACAUCCAAGCCUGUAUCGGAGCCAAUGUAGUCGGUGCAGACGAAGCACUCAUGCUGGACCCCAACGGCUUCGUCAAGACCUGCAACUCGACAAACUUCUUCAUCGUGCGUAAUGGCGAGGUGUGGGCGCCCACGCGCGCGUACCAGAUGCAAGGCAUCACACGCGCCAAAACCAUUAAGAUUUGCCGUGCGAACGGAAUUCCGGUGUGUGAGCAAGACUUUACGUUGACAGAGACUUAUGGAGCGGAUGAAGCCUUUUGUACCGGCACAUUCCCUAGCCAUAUUCCUGUCAGAGAGAUUGAUGGGAGGGUUAUUGGGAGCGGGGGUAUGGGUCCGGUCACUAAGCGCUUGAAUGAGCUUUAUAAGCAGGUUGUUCAGGAGGACGUGCGUAGGCAGAGGUCGGAGAUUCUUGCUAAGCUGUAA